CUUCAGACUUCAGUAUGCUGGCAACCGUCGAACAGAGAGCGCGUCACUUCGCGACACAAUCGCGUAUAUUUACGAUACCAAAACAUAGUACGUGAAAUUAUUAGUAUGCAAUCUGUUUUGAAGAUUUGUAUCUCAUCAACGCAAAGAUGAAAGCGUGGACAGCGCAUGAGCAAGACACAUCGUUGUCUUGCUGUCGCACAUUACAUGUAAAACAUGCUGCGUACGCGAGCGCUUUAUAUACUUUGAAUAUAUCUAUAUUGGUGGUGCUACUGUACAGUUGGAGAAUAGGAGUAAAUGCGAAGAGGUAUAAAGAAUUGGACGAUGUUUAUUAUGGUGUACAGAUAGCAUACUUCGCAAUAAUAGGAACGCAAAUGUUCAUGAUUGUGCUCAGCAUAUUUCUGUUUUAUGGUAUUUAUAAAGAAAACGUUGCAUUUUUAGUCCCAUGGGUGGUUGGAUGCAUGACGUUUAUGGCCUUGGAAGCGAUGGCCAUGGUGUAUUCCAAUAUUUUAAGAGAUCACGUCAAUAAACAAUUCGACGCGAUGUGUAAAGCAGAAAUAUCGUUUUUGAUACCGAGAAUAUUUUUAAACUGUCUAUGCAUAUGGUCCGUACUACGACUGUAUCACCUACUAAGGGCGGGUGUAACAUGGAAGGGCGCAGCUCCCAUCGAGCUGUGACUAUUGCCUCCCAAAGCCUCCGGGGACUCUGCCCCUUGCGAGUCUAGCCUGUUGCUAGGCAACGUGGAAAGCGAUACAGAUGCUAGCAUGCACUCGCUUUGACAUAUUAUAGUUUUGUAUAGGACUGAAGUGUAAUUGUGAUACUUUGGAAUAGCGUUUCUUGAAAUGGUGAUUUAACUGUGUACAGUGAAAGUGAUUUAGUUGACGGAUUACGGCAAACUUAAAUGUGAUUGUUGAAGUGAAGCUAUGUUUGUAAUAUUAUCCAAAUUGUUAUAGUGGCCAAUAGUAUUUACAUGGUGUAACAUUACUAUCUAUGCAUUAAUUUUAAAUCAGUAAUUUUUGUUUUAAUAAACAUUUGUUGAUUAUGUUAUUGAGAUGUAGGUACAUAUUAUAAUGUUUAGGAGAUCAUAAUUAUUUGUGACUUUUUAUCAGUUUCUUUUCUCACUUAAUUUAUUUUU